UUAAUUAUAUUAUUGAAUCAUCCCCCUUACUUUGAGUACUAAGCCACUGAAUUGAUGUAGCCGUUUCAGAAUUGGUUUACGACCUCAUUUCCCUCCAAACCCCAGACAUAUGUUGGUUGUUAAUACAUGAGGUUGUCCUCUCUGUUUGUACAGCAAGCUCUUUGAGUCAGGUGAAGUUGGUUAUGUUACAGUUACUGUGUGUCUCAAAACUAGAAAGUUUUGGGGAAAUCACUUAACUACGUAAACCCUGCCAAAAUCAGACACAUGUUGCAGUGCCAGUAGUGUACUGGAAUCUACGCAACAAAAACAAAAAGGAACAUGCUGUGUGAACUGUAAAUUGCUGUCAUCUGUUGUUAAUGUGGCUGUGUUGCAAUACCUGUGGCUGUUUGCUUCCCCACAAUGGUUCAUGAAGAAUAAUGUCAUUUUAAUGUAGCAGCCUCGGGAAGCUGAUAUCUGAAAUACUAUAGAUCAGAGUUACAAUUAUGUUUACAGAAUUGAGUGAUUACUUGAGUAGCUAAUUAUAUAAGUGAAACCAUUCUCCAAAGCAAUAUUUCUAGAAAUAUGAUUUCUAGAAUACUGCUCAUUAUCAAUGGUUUGGAUGUGUAUAUGGCCAUGGCGUGCCAAGCGGAGUUGAUGAUGGAUGAUUGGCCAUUAUAGCCAGGAAAACAAUUUAAUGAUGCAGGAUGAUUAACAGUAGCACUUUAUUUCAAUCCCCUCUAUUUAGCAAUUAUAAGCAGCACAUAAAUGUUUCAUGAACAUGUCUAUGAACAUGCCUAUAUAUGGAAAAAGGUUUGUGGACUGAACCAAAGUAUAUAUGUUUAAAUAUGUUGUACAUUACAAUGGAUUGUAAUGCAAAUAUCUGAGUGUGUUUCAAAACAUAAAGUUAGUACAUUUCUCACAUAAUCUCAUUGCCUUCCAUCUCUGCUCUAUCUUCACCGUUGCUGAGAUUCGGUCAUCCCAACAUUAUUCAGUCUUUCUGCAAAGCCAAAAAUAUAACACCACAUCAUUACCCUCCAUGGUAUCUCUGCUGUGAAUAAAAUGAGAAGAAACCACAGAUACGCCGCAAGUUUUUAUUCCAUAGCUAAAAACACUCACUGAAUCUCUAUCUGCUAUAAAUUAAAUCGACAAACCACUCCCACUCUAACAACUCUUCUGGCCAAAGGGGUUUGGCCAAAAGUGUGCGGAGACUAUAAGAGAGAUGACGUCCAGGUGGAGCGUCACACAGGUGAGGCAUUCAGAUUGUCAUGUCUCCACCCUCCCCUGCCUGAGGAUACUACUUCACUGCACCAGACACAGGAGUGCACACCUCUGACUUAACAAGGUACAGAUAUACUCAUGCUUAUUCAUUCAGGUUCUGAUUGUCUGUCAGACAAGUUAGAGAAGUAUGUGUGACAGCUUCUUUCACUUCUCACUUCAUCUCGUGAGUUUUGAUUUUGGUGUCUCACACGUGUCCUUUCUCUUUCCAGAUUAUUCUUUGAGUAUGCUGGCCCAAAUGGAGACGAUGGCUUAUGUAACUGAGAUCCGACUGAACGGAGGUCGGGGGGCCUGGAGCAGAGUGGCUCCCUCCUCCUGCCCUGAGGUGGACCUGGAGGUCAUCGAGGAGUACUUGCAGGAACACUCACUGGAGGUCCAGCCUGCACACACACACGCUUCCCCUCCAACCACCGUGGGGCAACAAAUGCACGCACACUCCCACCAUGGCACCAGGAUCAUAGAGAACAGUUGGUCAGGUCAGCAUCCAUAUGAGUGGCACUGUGGCUCUCACACUCCGAAUGAGGAAUAUGAAGAGCAAGCCCUGCCCCCCACCUGGCCUAGCCCCCAUGACAACCAAUGGGACCACAUUGCGUAUUCCUACGAGGUACCUGCAUACAUUGACUCAGACUCGCUGUCCAGUAGCUCCCAGUACCAGGAAUACCAAGAUUCCCCAUCACCAUUGUCUGACAGGGGAGGCAGGAAUGACAGAGACUCCCUGCCUCUUGCCCCACUUUCAGGAAAGAGGAAGGAGCGGUUGUUCCAGUUCCUGUUCGAGAUGCUCCAGACUCCAUCGAUGCGGAGCUGCAUCUGGUGGGUCCAAUCCUCCUCUGGCACGUUCCAGUUCUCCUCCCAAAACAAGGAGCGCCUGGCGCAGCUGUGGGGACGGCGAAAGGGUAAUCGCAAGACCAUGACCUACCAGAAGAUGGCCCGGGCGCUGAGGAACUACUCUCGCACCGGUGAGAUAAAGAAGGUGAAGCGGAAACUCACCUACCGGUUUGAUGAGAAGACACUGAGAGGCCUACAAGGACACCCUAAUACAGUGUAGGAAACAUGGUGGAGAGUGUAUAUAAGCAUAGAAAUAGAAUAAGCACAAUGGAUAUUCAGAUGGUUAUCUCAUUAAUGUGUAACUUCACCCCCAAUUCUGAGCCUAACUCUACCUGGGCAUUAUUUUUACUAUAUAAUUUCAAGUCCCAUCCGGUUGACUCUAUGUCAACAUUGACUCUCUAAGUUUUAGAGCUGAUAUAACCUAGUUGGUGGUGUGUUUAAACCCAUGAAAUUCAGAUUCUCAUAAAUUUACUAAGAAAUGUCAAUAUUAACACAAGCCUUUCUUUGUUUUUAAUCACAGUACAGUCUUAUAUUUUUGUUUUCAGCUCAAAAAACAUCUUUAAUGUCCUUUCUGUUGAUUCUAAUUCUACGGCAUGUAGAAACAAAUGAGUACUAAGUAUUUGAAAAGUCAGAGGAUGAAACACUCAGACUGGCAUUACAAUUUAUGUAAAUCUAAAAGGUUAUCACAUACUAUCUACUUUAUAAGUAGGACUUUCAUCAUUCUUAAAAUCAAGGUGUGUUUUACUGAUUUUGUGAUUCUGUUGAGAUAUUCAGCAGAUGUAAGAUCAUUUUAUAUUUGACUUGUUCGAAAAAAUUAGGUUGUGUAAAUAUGUGUUUGUGUCAA